ACGCCUCCCGGAGGCCGCGCGGCUGAUGCAAUGGGCUAGCCGGUCCUCCUGAGGGUGCUUGGCCUUGAGCCGCCCCUGAUUGGCCGGGUGCACCGAGAAGGUGGGUCCCGAGGCCGAGGUGCUGAGCAGAAUCGGCCUGAUUUCUCAGAAAGCCAUCGUGCACGUGGCUACAGGGGAGGUGGGUCCGGAGCCUGGAAUGCUUAUGAGAAUCUGGGUGAUUUCUAGGAAGCCCCCCCCAAGUGCUCGUAGCUGGAGGGUGGAGUAAGCAGGAAAAACAAAAGCUUUUCCUGAAAAGGAAACCGAAAGAAAACGGGAAGAGUACUAAAGCCCCUGCCGGCUGCUCAGGGGCUGCUGAGCACCGACCGCCCAGAGUGACCGACGCCUCCUCCCGCCGUCUCUCCCCCACCGCCUGGUUGUCCUGACCCCAGAGCGUGUCCCCAGCCAGCUGAACCUCAGGCCUCAGGAUGGCGGAUGAGCCGGGCAGCCAGUCCUCACCCCUGCAGCUGUUCAACAGCAUAGUGACCCAAGGGGAGCAUGUGCGGUCCCUCAAAGAGGGAAAGGCCCCCAAGGAUGAAAUUGACUCUGCAGUGAAGUCGCUGUUGUCAUUAAAAAUGAGCUACAAAGCCCUCGUGGGGGAGGAGUACAGCCCUGACUGCCCCCCAGGAAACCCAGCGCCCAGGAGCAAGAGUGGCCUGGAGGCCACUGAAGGCUGUGAGGACUUUGUGGACCCGUGGACAGUACGGACAAGCAGCGCAAAAGGCAUCGACUAUGACAAGCUCAUAGUUCAGUUCGGAAGCAGUAAAAUUGACAAGGAGCUGAUAAACCGGGUAGAGAGAGCCACCCACCAGAGACCGCACCGCUUCCUGCGCAGGGGCAUCUUCUUCUCACACAGAGACAUGAAUCAGGUGCUCGACGCCUAUGAGAACCAGAAGCCGUUUUACCUGUACACGGGCAGGGGCCCCUCUUCUGAAGCCAUGCAUGUCGGCCACCUCAUCCCAUUUAUUUUCACCAAGUGGCUGCAGGACGUGUUCAAUGUCCCCCUGGUCGUCCAGAUGUCCGACGACGAGAAAUACCUGUGGAAAGACCUGACCCUGGAGCAGGCCUACGGCUACACCCUGGAGAACGCCAAGGACAUCAUCGCCUGUGGCUUCGACAUCAACAAGACUUUCAUCUUCUCCGACCUGGAAUACAUGGGGAUGAGCCCAGGCUUCUACAAGAAUGUGGUGAAGAUUCAGAAGCACGUCACCUUCAACCAGGUGAAAGGCAUCUUCGGCUUCACCGACAGUGACUGCAUCGGCAAGAUCAGUUUCCCCGCCGUGCAGGCUGCGCCCUCCUUCAGCAACUCCUUCCCGCAGAUCUUCCAUGGCCGGGCCGACAUCCAGUGCCUCAUCCCGUGCGCCAUCGACCAGGAUCCCUACUUCAGGAUGACGCGGGACGUCGCCCCCCGGAUCGGCUACCCGAAGCCGGCCCUGCUGCACUCGACGUUCUUCCCCGCCCUGCAGGGCGCCCAGACCAAGAUGAGCGCCAGUGACCCCAACUCCUCCAUCUUCCUGACGGACUCGGCCAAGCAGAUCAAGACCAAGGUCAACAAGCAUGCGUUCUCUGGAGGCCGCGACACUGUGGAGGAGCACCGGCAGUUCGGGGGCAACUGUGACGUGGAUGUGUCCUUCAUGUACCUGACCUUCUUCCUGGAGGACGACGACCGGCUGGAGCAGAUCAGAAAGGACUACACCAGCGGGGCCAUGCUGACAGGCGAGCUCAAGAAGACGCUCAUCGAGGUCCUGCAGCCCCUGAUCGCCGAGCACCAGGCCCGGCGCAAGGAGGUCACCGACGAGAUGGUGAAGGAGUUCAUGACCCCCCGGAAGCUGUCCUUCCACUUUCAGUAGCGCACGUCCCCUGGGCGCCCAUGACACUGAACUCAUCAGUAAUCCUGCGCGGCCUGAUUGCUCCUCCCCCAAGCUUCGCCCCAUGGGAAUUCCUGGGUAAUUCCUGGUGUCUGCCGGCCCUGCAUGUGUUCUGGAUCCCUCCUUCCUGUGACAUCUGUCUCCUGUCACUGUGAGUAAUCUGGUACUGGCUCACAUUACGUGGUCAGAUAGGAAGCCCAGCAAGAGGCCUGCCACAUGGAGCCCAGGUCCCUGGCCAGCCUGUGCCACCCUGGAGAGAGCUGCCAGGGUUUUCAGUGUACCCCAAGAUUGCUCCACAAGAAACUGAUGUGUACAGAUCACAAUGUCAUUAUUCUAAAACAAAAAAGUGCAGUGGGAAGUGGAUGUGAGAAAGCCUCUUGGCGCAGGAUGUUUGCGCCCACGUCCCCCAGAGGGAGCUGACCACUGAACUUCAAUGCGCACUUGACCAAGGCUGUCUGGGCUGUGGCUAUGUGCUGGCACAGCCGCCGUGCCUGUGUGGGUGCUGGGCACAGCCUGGCGCCCCAGCUUCCCAGCUGCCAGCAGUUUCCGACUUGGUGCACCUCGGACUGCACGCAUCGUCCGCUCCAGCAGCCAGCUCCUGCGCAUAACUGCAGGUGACCCGGCGCGCCAUCGGCAGAAGCGGAGGGAACGUUCUCCACAGGAGACACUGAAGCAGGCUGUUACCUUUGCAGAUGGUUUUUUGAUGCUUGACCAUAUCAGAAGUCCGCGCGACAGUGGCCGGCCGUGCCAAGCUGGUGGACCCAGCUAGGGACCUGUGGGCAGCCGAGCCCUCCACAUGGGGACUCGGCAGGGAGGGCCUGGGUGCAAAUCUGUCCUUGGACAAGGUCCAGGCUGCAAUGCCUGCCUCCUGCACUCCUCGGCUAAUAAAUUCCCUUCACUCCUGUG